UCUCUCCCUCUCUCUUUCUGUCUAAUUCCCAGCAUUCCCAUUCACUCACCACGACGCUUAGAGAAACAGAGAAAAUGGCCUCAAAUUCACUCUUGUCAAAGAUUGCAACGAAUGAUGGACAUGGCGAGAACUUGGCAUACUUCGAUGGAUGGAAGGCGUACGACUUAAACCCAUUUCACCCAACUCAGAACCCCGAGGGUGUUAUUCAGAUGGGUCUAGCAGAAAAUCAGCUUUCUAUCGACGUGAUUCAAGAGUGGAUCAUGAAGAAUCCACAGGCCUCCGUUUGCACUCCCGAAGGAGUUGCGGAGUUCAAAAAUGUAGCCAACUUCCAAGACUAUCAUGGGUUUCUAGACUUCAGAAAGGCUAUUGCUAACUUCAUGUCAAAAGCGAGAGGAGGCAGAGUCAAAUUUGAUCCUGAUCGUGUAGUCAUGGCCGGUGGAGCCACCGGAGCUAAUGAGAUGGUCAUGUUUUGCUUGGCUGAUCCAGGAGAUGCUUUCCUAGUUCCCUCUCCUUACUAUCCGGCAUUCUACCGAGACUUGGGUUGGCGAACGGGAGUGAAAAUUGUUCCGGUCGAUUGUGAUAGCACAAACAAUUUCCAGAUAACCAGAGCAGCACUUGAAGCAGCAUAUGAAAAGGCGCGAAACAACAACAUCAACAUAAAGGGCUUGAUAAUAACAAACCCUUCUAACCCAUUGGGCACAAUCUUAGACAGAGCAUCACUCACUAACUUGGUAAAAUUCGUCAAUGACAAGAACAUCCACUUGGUCUGCGACGAAAUCUACGCAGGCACAGUGUUCAGCUCCCCCAAAUUCACUUGCGUUGCAGAAGUCAUGCAAGACGUGAAGAACUGCAACCGCGAUUUGAUCCACAUUGUCUAUAGCUUAUCCAAGGACAUGGGCGUACCUGGCUUAAGGGUUGGGAUCGUUUACUCCUACAACGAUGCCGUUGUGAACUGCGCUCGCAAGAUGUCGAGUUUCGGGUUGGUCUCCUCCCAAACUCAACACAUGCUUUCUGCCAUGCUUCUGGACGAUGAAUUUGUCUCCAACUUCCUCGAGACCAGCUCUAAAAGGCUGGCGAGGAGGCACAUGAUUUUCACCACAGGGCUCGAAGAGGUAGGCAUCAACUGCUUGAAAGGCAAUGCCGGGCUGUUUUGCUGGAUGGACUUGAGGAAGCUACUCAAAGACCGAACUUUCGAGGCGGAAAUGGUGCUGUGGCGUAUGAUUAUCAAUGAAGUGAAGCUCAACGUUUCACCGGGGUCUUCUUUCCGUUGCGUGGAGCCUGGUUGGUUUAGGGUUUGCUUCGCAAACAUGGACGAGCAUACGGUUGAAGUUGCACUAAAGAGGAUUCGAGCAUUCGUGGGAGUAGAAAGAAAGAAGAUGAGGAUUAAUAGUGCAGAUCACCAAUUUGUGAACAGUCCUAGGAAGAGUCGUUUGCAAAAAGCUCUCAGGCUUAGCUUUUCAUCAGCAGCAAGAAGAUAUGAAGAGGUUAUGUCCCCGCGUAUGAUGUCUCCUCAUUCGUCAAUGCCUCACUCGCCUCUACUUCGAGCAAAUUAAAGAGUAUAUAUACUCAUCCACUCAACCAAGCUAUAUAUCUACUCUAGUAAAUAACUCGAGGUUGAUUAGUCGAUCAUUUAAAUUUUUUUCCCGUU